GGAAUACUUAUUUUCUUUGAUUUAUGUUACCGCCUAACUUUGGACCACAUCAACCGAUUUCGAUAAUUCUUUUUGCAUCCGAAAGGUAGUGUCCCAUACUAUUCUGGUUAAAAUCGAUCAUUGGAUCAUUGCUGAGAAUUACUUGUUAUUGAAUUUAUUGCAUUUUUAUCCCCAAUGAACAUAGUAUUUCAGUGAUCAAAUACUUCUCUUACAAAAUUUUUCUUCACUUCCAGGUAGCGAUAAAAAUUAUCGAUAAGACAUGCCUAAAUCGGGAAUACCUAACCAAAACAUUCCGCGAGAUUUCCAUUUUGAAAUCGCUGCGCCAUGCGCAUAUCACUCGUCUCUAUGAGGUGAUGCAGUCAGAGACAAUGAUCUAUCUUGUCACAGAGUAUGCGUCCAACGGCGAGAUAUUCGAUCAUCUGGCAGAGAAUGGACCUAUGAAAGAGCAGGAAGCGGCGCGCGUUUUCACACAAUUGGUCUCAGCCGUGCAGUAUUGCCAUUCGAUGGGCGUGGUGCAUCGUGAUCUCAAAGCGGAAAAUGUUUUGCUCGAUAAGGAUAUGAAUAUCAAGCUCGCUGACUUCGGCUUCAGUAAUCGCUACGAAGAGGGCAAUCCGUUGACAACGUGGUGCGGUUCGCCACCAUACGCCGCACCUGAAGUAUUUCAGGGUCUGGAAUAUGAUGGACCCAAAGCAGACAUCUGGAGCUUGGGCGUCGUGCUGUACGCGCUAGUGUGCGGUGCACUGCCUUUCAAUGGUGAUACGCUGCUGGAGUUGAAAGGACGCGUAGUUACUGGAAAAUUUCGCAUACCAUACUUUAUGUCACGAGACUGUGAGCACCUCUUACGUAAUAUGCUGGUCGUUGAGCCAGAUCGACGUUAUACAUUAAAACAAAUUAUAAAACAUCGCUGGCUAAGCGAUUGGGCAGCGGAACUAGAUGAUUACGCACAACAUUCCGACAGCAGUCCACUUGCGUGUAGCGACAGCAAUAGCAGCUGCAAUGCGCAAACGACAGCGACUGUUGCCAACCUAGAUACGGAGAUAAUGAAGAAUAUGCUACAAUUGCCUGGACUGACCGCCGAUAUGAUUGCCGAGUCGGUGCAUAAUCAUCGCUUCGAUAAUAUAUAUGCCAUUUAUUAUUUGCUUGCCGAUAAGUUGCAGCAAAGGCGACGAGAACAACAUAGAAUGCAGCAUCAAGCUGCCUAUUCAAGAAGCACCCACAACAAUGGGGUAGGUAUGUUUCGUGUGCCAACAGAUGUUACGCAAAGGGAGUGGAUGAAUGCGUGUGGUGUUCAACUAACUGGAUCAUCGAAAGUUUGCGGUCUGCACUUCAAAUCGAAUGAAAUCAUUUAUGCAAGUAUUAAUGCCAGGAGAAGACGCCUCGAUACAGAUGCAGUACCAUCAAAGAUGUUACCUGCUAUUUCAUCAGAUGAGAGGUAA